ACAUUACACUCAUCACCAGCUGCCUCUCAAACUUCUCUCCACCCAUUUUCCACAAUCCAAUACCGCGUUCUCUCUUCUCUCUUUACUCUUUACACCACAAUCAAUGCUUAUGUAACACUAAUUCAUCAUCAAGAAACAAACACAAGACUCCUCAAUGCUUCCCUUACGCUUAACCCUUCUCGUUUCAUCUCUCUUACUCUGUUCCCUCUUCCAACCUUUCUGCCUCGGGAUUCGCUCUUUCCCCACCACCACCACCACCACCACCGACAACACCAACAACCCGUUCCAAUUCUCCGAAGCACCCGAAUAUCGUAACGGAGCGGGUUGCCCCGUACCCGGAAAUCAUAACUCUAUCCCCUCAUGCGACCCUUCAUUAGUCCACAUAGCAAUGACACUCGAUUCUGGCUACCUACGUGGCUCUAUCGCAGCCGUUCAUUCCGUCCUCCGUCACUCUUCUUGUCCAGAAAACGUUUUCUUCCACUUUAUCUCCGCCGAGUUUGACUCACUCAGUCCACGCGUUUUGACUCGUUUGGUAAGAUCCAUUUUCCCUUCGUUAAACUUCAAAGUCUACAUCUUCAGAGAAGACACAGUCAUAAACCUAAUAUCAUCGUCGAUUCGAUUGGCGCUCGAGAAUCCAUUAAACUACGCAAGAAACUACCUCGGUGACAUGCUCGACACGUGCGUGGAACGUGUCAUAUACCUCGACUCAGAUCUCGUGGUGGUGGACGAUAUAUUCAAACUAUGGACAGUGAAAAUGAGCGAGUCACGUGUGAUAGGGGCGCCAGAAUACUGUCACGCGAAUUUCACAAAGUACUUCACAGACGAAUUCUGGAACGACCCAUUGUUAUCGCGUGUGUUUGGAACAAGAAAGGCUUGUUAUUUCAACACGGGUGUGAUGGUGAUGGAUUUGGUGAAAUGGAGAGAAGGGAAUUACAGGAAGAGGAUUGAGAAUUGGAUGGAGUUGCAGAAGAAAAAGAGGAUUUAUGAGUUGGGUUCAUUGCCACCUUUUUUGCUUGUUUUUGGUGGGAAUGUUGAAGCUAUUGAUCAUAGGUGGAAUCAACAUGGACUUGGUGGUGAUAAUUUGAAUGGGGUUUGUAGAUCUUUGCAUCCUGGUCCUGUUAGUUUGUUACAUUGGAGUGGCAAAGGGAAACCUUGGGUUAGACUUGAUCAGAAUAAACCUUGUCCGUUGGAUUCACUUUGGGAACCUUAUGAUCUUUAUAAUAAGCCACGUCAUCAUUUCAUCAUCAAUAAAGAUCAACAAAACCUUCACCCUUGGAGUUUCUCUUCUUCUAUUUUGGUUGGAUAUGCUCACGAUUUCUUGUGAUUAAUUACAACUACUCAUUCUUUCUUCUUCACAAAUUUGUCAUUCUUUUUUUUUUUUUGUAUGUUCUUGUAUAGAUUGUUUUUUCAAUCUUCUUUAUCAUUCUUUAUGUAGAAUGCUUUUUUCUUUAUUUAAAAUUCUUGUCAUUUAGAUAUGAAAUUUCGAUUCUUUUGGUACUGCGGGUUCCAUUCAUUGGAACAAUUUUGGUGGGUGGGUGGGUUAAGAGUUUUUUUUUUUUUUUUUGUAUGGGGGACCAUUGAUUUGUAAGUGCCACAAACAAAAUGCAAUAUGAUAGACAGUUGUUUCAUUUGUUUUUUAA